ACUCAGGUCUAAUCAUAAACAGUUGAAGAGUGCAGGUCCAGACCUGAUCUUAGGAAUGAGAGUGCAAGUCUGGUUCCUCCCACUGUCCUCGCAACUGUCGGGCAAACUGAGAUUGGAGGUGGAUGACCAUCGGAUUGAAACUACGAUUGCUUUGGAAGAAGUUAGAGUCUGGGUACAAAAACUGAAACCCGAGAAGCUGACAGCUACGCUACUGAGGGAUGCAGACCAGUUUCGGGUGGAACCUCUGCUGCAAGGAUGGACAAACGAUUCUCAAUUUGUACCGUUGAUUCAUUACAAACCAAGGGUCGGGGUUCAAGUGCAGCUAAGGGGCAGGAAGAAAUCGGCAGAGUCAGUAGCUCUGAAAAGAGCAAACAAACUUCAGCUGACAGGGGCAACGGGCCCAGGACUACGAGCUCUGUGGAAGCCAUUGACCAAAACUCUGGAGGAGAAGACUUUGAGAAAAGAUCCGGGGCUGCUAAUCAUACAGGGUUGGAGGACGAACGCGCAAGGCGAUCUUAUUGGAUUCCUCUUUGGAUCGGUACGACCGGGUCGCCGUCAGUUGAUUGCACAGGAGCUCAUCGCACCGAUCGUGCAAUUGGCGGACGAUUUCUCACCCGAUAUCUACUUUCAGAGCGACAACAGUUCUGCUCCGUACAUUUUCGAGCGAUCCUUGGAUCCGUACCUUCAGUGGACUUCGUGCUUGGAGGAACCUAGGGACGAGGAUACGCUACCAUCGCGGCAGGAGUAUCUGAAGCCGUACGAGAUCAUCCCUUAUGCCUUCUAUCCGAAGGCAGAGGAAGUGGUGAUCGAUGGCGACGAAGAAGAAGAAGACAACGACGAGGAAACAUCGGAGGAGGGAAGCUAUAGUGAACAUAGCGAGGGCGAGUUGAGUGAGAAGGAAGAGGAAGAAGAAGGAACCGGAUCCGAGUGGGAAGCCCCGCCGGAGGAAGAAACGCGUACGGGAACGGAGGCGGAAGAUCCGGAAGCGGCGUGAAAGCGCGAAGAGAUUGCCUCCGGAAAGCGCCAGUUGGAGUUUGCUAGCGAGGCUAGCUUGCGCAUCGGUAGCGAUCCGAC